GUGCGACAAAUUUUUAGCAUAAAUACUGUGUCUGCAAUCUCUAUAUUCAUCAGUUUAUUUUUGUACACAAUCAGUAAAUAAUUUGAUUAAACAGUCAAAAAUCUAUAAAAUGGCCGCUAAGUUGAUCAUCUUUACCGUUUGCGUGGCCUCUGCCCUCGCUCAAUAUGUCCCCGCUUACAGACCAGUGUACUCGGUGCCCGCUUACUCGGCCCCAAGAGCUUAUACCCCUGAGCCUGCAUACGCUCCAGCUCCAUACAACUUCGAAUACAACGUAAACGACCCAACCACAUACGACGUCAAGAGCCAAUCCGAAUCAAGCGACGGCAACGGCAACGUCAAAGGAUCAUACAGCCUUUUGGAAGCCGAUGGUUCCACCCGCGUCGUUGAAUAUACAGCCGAUGACAACAAUGGUUUUAACGCAGUUGUCAAGAAAAUCGAAGGAGGAUACAAGGCUCCAUACAGCGGCCCAGCUCCAGCCUACAAAUCCAUCCCAGCCUACAAGCCAGCUUAUGCAGGAAGUUGGCGUAACAUGAAACUUUGGGACCUCCUUCCGUAAAAAUAAAAAAAAUUAUGCGCCCCUAAUAUAUUGUUAUAAUAAAUACUAAUUCUCAACCAAAAACCACUCCAACUGUCAAUACACCUACAAGGCUGCUUACCCAGUAUCGGCUUACAAACCAGUCUCAUACAAGCCAUACUAACAUCUUUGAUAUGAACCACAACACUAAAUUGUUAUGCUAACAGUCAUGAAAUCUUCAUAUGCAUAUUUAUCAUACGACAAUUUCAUCAUUGUAUUUAUUUUGUAAAUAAAUAGUAAAACAAAAUAACAA